GUGAGCCCAUUUGAAUCCUUCGGCAUGGCUUUCAUAGUUCCAUUAGCAAGAAACAAAGAAAGAUAGAAAGUAGUCAAAGUACAAUAGUGAAAAGUCGCCGUGCCCCAAGAGUCAAGACGGCGAGGUCUCGAUUUUGGAGAACUGCAAUUAACCGCAGGAUCGUGCAUGCUAUCAUCUCGUUCACUCAAUCACCACACUCAAAUAAGCAGAGCACCAAAAUCUCACUGCUUCCCCACUUCCGACCAAAACAGAACCUCACUGGAACCCAGCACGGCGGCCGGAGAUGAGAUGGCCGAGGACGGCAGUUCAAUAGCUGCAGAGUUGGACCGAGCGGCAGAGGGAUUGUCAACCAGAGAAGCGGAGCUGCUGAGGCAAGAGAUUGAGCAACACAAGCACGAAAAGGCGGUGCUGGAGGAGAAGCACCAAUUCGAGAUUCUAGAGAGGCUGAAAGUGAAGGACGAGCUUCACGAGUAUGUGGCGGGGGACAAGGAGGUAAUUUCCAAGCUGGAGAGCCGCAUUUCGCGGCUGGAGGAGGGAAGAAUUUCCGGGAAAUUGAGCAAGGAGAGGCGCCGCCUGGGAUCGAGGAGGAGCCAGCGGCUGGCGAAUAUCGAAGCUGAUCAAAAUAGAGAGCAUGAGUCUGAUGAAGAUGUAGAGGAGGAGGUUGAUUCUGAUGGAAAUGGAAGCACGGCGAGUGAAGGACCUCCUCCUCCUCCACGUAGAGGUAGAGGUCGGCCGCGUACUAAAACAAAUGAAAAUCUGCAAGUGUCAGGUAAUAAAAAGCAGAUGAAAAAGAUAGGGAGGAUAAAGAGUGUGAGGAAACACAAGUAUAGAGCCCCAGAUCAUGUACAAUACCGUUGUAAUAUGCUGGCAUUCCUUAAAAUAAUGCAAAAAGUAAGAGAACGCUUGACUAAAAGCCACUUGGAGUUGCUACAGCAAACUCCGUUUUGGCCAUUGAUAUCGGCAUUUUACAAUGGUAUGAUUUCUGAAAAUGACUGCAAGAAAUCGGAGAGUGACAUCAACGACAUCAUCCAAUGCUACAACUCAAACUCAAAGUGUUUUGAGUUUGGUAGCAGAUCUGCGUCUUUAACGCCAGAGGACAUCUCCGUGAUUUUGGGGCUGCCACAAGAAGGUGAAACACUAAGGGUGACAGGGCUGUUUGGAGUCAACAGAUACACGUCGGAUUUUGUCGAAAGAUAUUUCAAGGAUGAAAAGAGAGUUAAGAAAACAUUGGUAGAUGAUGGUUUGGAGAAAGCGUUACAAGGGAAAAGAGAAACUGAUAGAGAAGAUGUUGUACGCCUUAUUAUACUAGAGUUAUUCAUCACAUUCUUAUUCUGCAAUGCGGGUAGUACUAUUGGAUGGAAAUUAGUCAGGUGCUGUGAAGAGUUAGAAAACAUGUCAAGAUAUUCAUGGGCAAAAGCAGUUGCUGACUUUCUAAGCAGCACAUUGGAGAAAACGUCCGGGCAGUACGGGCCAUAUUCUACUGGCGGAUGUGUGGUUGUCCUAUUGUUUUGGUUGUGUGAGAGAAGUAAUCUUAUACAACCAGUUGAAGGAAGGGAGACAAUUACACCAGCCCUAAUAAAAUGGAAUAUCCAGGAGCUACACUUGAAACUGCAACGAAUGAAGGACUUUGAAGAACUUGGGCGGAGUUUUGAGGGGGCCAAGGAGAACCAGAAGAGAGAUGGAGAAGACAAGGAGGAAGAUGGAAAUGGAACAGGAGAAAACGAAGAAACACAAGAAGAAGAUAGAAGAGAAGAAACUGAAACAGAUAGAGGAGGAGAAGAAAGUGUUUCUGAUGACAUAGUGGUUCCAUUGGAAGACGAACUUCAAGCUCAAAUGUCUCGCUUCCGCUCUUCCCCUAUUUUGAAAAGGUUGAGCAGAGACAAUGAGAACUUACGAAAAAGAAAAGCAACAAGUUUACGGGAUAAGGUUCAAUAUGCGAGGGUGGAAGUUGAAAGAGCUCAAGGAGAAGUGGACAGGCUAGCUGAAAAAUUGGAGAGGAAGAAGGAAAAAGCAUCAAGAUUAAAGAGAAAACUAAAAGAAGAAAAGAAGGAGAAGAGAAAGCUGGAAGAGGAGAAUGAAAUCUUAAAUGCUGAGAAGAGAUCAUUGCUUGAGUCUGUGACAAAGCUGGUGAAAACACUUGAUGCUGAAAGGAAAGCAGUGAGAAACAUAGUCAAAGAGAAAGCGGAGGUGAUUAAAGAGAACCAACAACUUAAAGAUCAGCUCAAUCAAGGCAGCUGCACUGCAGCUAAAUUGGGAGAAAACACACAAACUCAGGUCUCUCCGGAGCAGUCCUAUGUGACAAGUUUUGAAAUCCGAAAGAGGGCAUUAGAUCUAGGGCUUGAUAAUGACAAAGGGUGUGAGAAAUAUAGGAAAUUGGGAGACGAUAAAGGAGAGAGAAAUAGUUGAUGUUCAAUCUGAUGCCAUAUUUGCAGGCAUUUUCGGAUGAAGAAAUUAUAACUUGUCACGAUGAGGAAUAAAGUCAUAAACGAACAGGUUCUUAGUCUCUCGUUUAGUUGAUGUUGAGAAGUUUAGGUCUUCUGAGCAUUGUAUCUGUAUAAAACAAAUCAAUAACUGGCUGUUCUAGAAUAAUUAAUUGAAACUGAUGUUAAUAUUUCAUAA